AUGGCUGCUCAAAGUGGCAUUGCAGCCAACGAAAAGCUGCUCUCAGCUCUAGCUAAGGCGAAACUUGGCUCGAUUCGUCUAGUUUACAUGCAAAUCGAAGAUGAACAAAUCAAACUGCGUAAGAUGAUUCCAGUUAAGGAUAGCUGGGAGGACGAGUUUGAUAGAUCGAUUCUUCCCCUGCUGGAUUCCAAAACCGCCUCUUACAUCCUCUACCGCCUUGAUUCGAAGAACAAUCUGGGCUAUGAGUGGAUCCUUCUAACCUGGAUUCCCAACGAAACUCAUGUCUGGCAAAAAACACUCUAUGCCUCCACACGAGCCACCAUCAGACGUCAAUUCGGCGACGGUUACCUUGCUGAUGACUUGUUGUGUCACGACGAGGAGGAUAUUUCCCUGGCUGGGUAUCGAAAACACCUGAUUUCUAAGGAGGCCCCCGUCCCACUCACACAUGCUGAAGAAGAGGCCAAGGAAACAGCAGCUGGUCACGUUAUUCAUGCUUCGAUGAACGACGGAUAUAGUAGCAUGGGCGGAGUUGCAUUCGCAUUGACCAGUUCUUCCCAAAAAAGUGUUGAAAAAUUUGCUGCUGGGAAGGUCAACUAUCUCCAAUUCCAAAUUGACAUUCCACAGGAGUGUAUUUUUGUGGCAGUUUCGAAGAAAGACUUGAAGCCGGAGGAAAUUGGCGCCCUAACUCCACCAAACGCUGGCUCCUAUCACCUCUUCCGAUUUACACACGAAUUCGAUGGGACCAAGUGCGAUCCUAUAGUUUUUGUCCAUACAAUACCGGGCUACCAGAGUUCUAUAAAGGAGCGUAUGCUCUAUUCAAGCUGUAAGGGCAAUCUAAUCGACUGUCUCUCGCGUCAGUAUGGAAUUGCCAUCCAAAGCAAGUUGGAAAUUGAGGACUUCAGGGAGUUUACCACGCCCUUCUUGAUGGAUACGUUUCACUCGAAAGAGGCCGCUGCACCACUCUUCUUUUCCCGUCCUAAAGGACCCGCCGGUCGGGGGCCUCGCCGCCUCAUCAAAUGA